AUGCCGUUACCAACAGUUUUUAUACGACAAUUAGACGGCCACCAAGGGCCUGUUAGAGCUGUCCGAUUUAAUGUGAAUGGUAACUAUUGUGUGACUUGUGGCGGUGAUAAAUUUUUAAAAUUGUGGAAUCCGUACACUGGAGUACAGUUAAAGAGCUAUGGUGGCCAUGGUUAUGAAGUAUUAGAUGCAACAGCCUCGGACGAUAGUGCUCGGAUAGCAUCGUGUAGUGCCGACCGGACUGUGAUACUCUGGGAUGUCUCCACUGGUCAGAUUGUUCGCAAGUUUCGAGGUCACAUCAGUGUGAGUAUUGACAGACUAUCUGUAGAGAGGCUCCAGAUGAACUAUCUACUCAGAGAGCUUUGGAUUGAUAGGGAUCAACUACCAGAAAAAUACAAGGAGAACUUUGCCGUGUUUCAAGCAGCCUUUCAUUGGGUAGUUACUAGCUAGCAGCUACCCUCUCCAAGAAGGCCCUACUAACUUCUCAACAAAGGGCCUUCACUUUCAUUUUUUAUGUAGUUCUACCAAUUUGAAGCUUUCUUAUUGCGGUAUUGGCGCAAACUACCAGGGGCGAAACUUGAGGGGGGUAUGGGGGGGGGGGUGUGUGACACCCCCCAAAAUAUGAAUCAGGGCAAUCAAAGAUUUUAAAUGAUAGAAUGUAGAGUCACAGGGCUUAUAAACCUAAAUUUGACAGAUAUUGGUCCAAAAAUAAGGGUUUCACCCAUGUCUUAACAGGAAUUUGUACGGAAAAAAUUUUUUGACCCUUAACCCAUUAAGUGCCAGUGCUUUCCCCUUGACGAGUAAAAUCGUCUGGCAUUAGACAGAGUAAAAUACUAAAGUAGGGUGCAUCAGGGUGCAAUGCAACUCAAUGGGUUAACUAGACACAUAGGCAGAUAGGCCAGUUAACCCAUUAAGCGCCAGCGCUCUCCCCUUGAUGAGUAAAAUCGUCUGGUGUUAGACAGAGUAAAAUACUAAAGUAGGGUGCAUCAGGGUGCAAUGCGACUCAAUGGGUUAAUUUAACUGGUUUAGUGGUUUAUGUCCAGAAAAAUUUUUUCGACCCUUUUUUUUUCAACCCUUUUUAGCAGGGCAAUUCUGGCAGACACCCCCCAAAUUAAAAGGAGCUAGUUUUGCCCCUGGUAACUACGCUGACAUAGACCCGUUCAAGAUAAUAUCUGUACUAACUACAGUAGUUAUAAUGUUGAGUCAUAUCCAUUUGACGGAUCAUCCAUUCUGAAAGCAAAACAAACUAGUUAUCCCAUUAAUGCAUAGGAUAAGAUGAUCUAUACUCUGAAUGGUUCUAGUAACAAAUGAAGUCCAAUACUUCCCUGAUAUUUUGUUUUCAAAUUUUGUAAUAUACAGAGAGUUAACUGUGUUCAAUUCAACCGUCCUGACUGCUCUUUGGUCAUGUCGGGAUCAUAUGACUCGACUGUUCGCAUUUGGGACACAAAAUCUCGAAAUAUGGAACCAGUUCAAAUCUUAGAUGAAGCCAAAGACAGUAUAACGUCACUUCACGUGUCUGAGCAUGAGAUAUUGACAGGGUAAGUGGAACUUGUGCUAAUUAAUGAGCCAAUAGCAGUGGUUAAUGCAAGAGCCUUUGAGGUUUAGUUCUGCCUCAGUCACACAUAUGCAAAUUAGAUCAGUGCUAACAAACACCAAAGAUUUUCUCAGGUAGUAAAGGGAUACCGGUAUGACAUUUAUGGACCUCUAGGGAGAACAGUUUAUAAAACUGACAGAGCUAUCCAGGAGAAAUAAAGUUAGUUUAGUUUAUAGGUUUCCUCCUGUAGUAACACUGGAUCAAUAAGAGAUGAUCCUUACUGGACCUCUAGGAAGAACAGUUUAGGACUGAUAGAGUUAUCCAGUAUAAAUAAAGUUAGUUUAGUUUAGGUUUCGUUUUGCAGUAACACCGGAUCAAUAAGAGAUGAUCCUAACUGGACCUCUAGGGAGAACAGUUUAGGACUGAUAGAGCUAUCCAGUAUAAAUAAAAUUAGUUCAGUUCAUUUGUUUAAUGUUCAUAGAUCAGUGGAUUGUAACGUGCGUCGCUACGACAUCAGGAUAGGAAGAAUGACAGCAGACCACAUUGGGCAACCUGUGACAUCUGUAACAUUAUCAAAAGAUGGUCAAUGUGUUUUGGUUUCUUCUCUUGAUAACACUGUUAGAUUGUUGGACAAAGAAACGGGUGAAUUACUGAAUGAGUAUGUUUGGUUCUGAUCUAUAGCAUGUAAUAAAAUAAACACCGUUAAUGGUAAAGUUUAAUCUACAGUAGGUCCAAUCAACGGUGAAUUUUAGCAAACUUGAAAACUCCCAGCCUUCACGCAAACCGACACCAGCUUGGCUUGGUUGUUUUUUAAGCUAAUUACAAACGUUGGUCUUUAAAACAAUUGUUAUUACGACUAUUUCUUUAAAUAAUUACAAUUUUUAUCUAGCUUCAAAGGUCAUAAUAAUGAGAAAUACAAAGUAGACUCGUGUCUGUCACACACAGACAGUGAAGUGGUCAGUGGAAGUGAAGAUGGUCGAAUCUGCUUCUGGGAUUUGAUUGAAAGCAAACUCGUACACGCCAUUGAGAAAGCACACAAGACCACAGUGUAUUCAUUGUCGUAUCAUCCCGAGCAACCGAUCAUGCUCUCAGCUUCGUCGGAUGGAAAAGUGAAAUUGUGGAAAGAUAAAGCGGAAGAGGAAUGA